AUGCAACACUUUCUCAAACGAGCAGAGCGCUCGACAUCAACUUCUUCUUCGGCUUCUUCGUCCUCCUCAUCCACUGCUUCUUCGGAUGCACUUCCUAUACCCUUCGAUACUGCUCUGGGGAAUAACUUCACGACUUCUUCUUGCCCUGCUUUCUUCAAAAGCUUUCUCUCCAACGAUACUUUUAAUGAAUGUGUUCCGUUAUCUCUUCUUCUACAGACAUCUACUUCUUUCUUUUCCAUCCAACGCUCGCCAGUCAGACUGGCGCAGACACUUGGUGCAUCAUGCAGUGUCAACUUUGACAGCUGUAACACAUUGAUGGCGUCGCUGGCUCGACAGAUCCAAUCACCAAACAAUUGUGCUGCCGACCUACAGAACCAGAAUCCUACAGUUAUGCAAGCCUAUACUGGCUUUAUAGCUUACCAAUCACUCUAUCAUGCUGGAUGCCUACUGAACAGCAACACAGGCAGCUACUGCUUCUCGGAUGCAGUUACGAAUGCUUCUUCACCUACCGACAGUUACGUCUACUAUCUGCCGCUCGGCAUUUCAUUGCCUAGCACCACAACACCCAGUUGCUCGAGUUGCUUACGAGAUACCAUGUCCGUUUUUGCAAGUGCGGCGACAAACCGUUCUCAGCCACUCUCAAUGGUUUAUGGCACCGCAGCAGCCAUGAUUGACUUGACCUGUGGUGCAGAUUUUGUCAAUGCUAGUAUUCCUACUGUCCCUUCGACUGGCGCCGCCUCGUCGGUCCAAAGUGGCCUAGGACUUGUGGGAAUCAUUGCUGUGUUGUUGUCCCUUGUUGCUGUGUUGAGCUAA